GGACCUACGUAGCGGCUAAUUACGGUGUCUUCACAUGUUCGCAACCCCUGACCUGUGUACGCCGUCCGCAUUUUCCACAUUACUGUAAUUAACAUAUUACUGUGGUGUUGGUCAAUGCAGUGGCCGAGAGAAAGGAAUGGCGUGUGGGGGAACAGCAGGAGGAGGCAGACAGUGAAAGGAAUGUGCCGGUGGACACUAGUUUGUGCUUCCAGAGACGUGACCUCAAAAGUGUUUCCUAGGAAGCCACCAUCACGGCCUUGUUACCUGGACCGCUGCGUGCUGGCCCUCACCUCUACUCACCUCACCUAACCUCACCUGCGAUCCUCACUGCAUGUCCCGUCCCCGGAUCUGUGAAUGCAAGGAAUUAUCGAGUGCCAAGAAAAUUGCAUCGUGAAUUUUGAACGUGAGAUGAGCGAGAUGACCUGACACUGUUAUGUCUCGUCUGUUUGUCUCUGUGUGGUAGACUUAUUCUGGUUGACUGGAUUCCAAAGUGACGUACUGCCAGGAAUUCUGCUCUAGAGGCAUGUGAUGAAUUAGGAUCAGGUUAUACUAGUAAAUGUUUUAACUCUCACUAGGAAUUGCAAAGGAUAGUUGUAUACCAGUGCAAAUUUCUGAAUAAGUGUUCCGUUUUUUUUUUUUCUUUCUUCGCGUUUAGUGACACGGGAGAUUGUUUCUUUGUUCUUGCAGUGAUGGUGAGGAUAUGAACGAAGUCUGAGCAUAGUGUACCUACCAUUGAAACCGACAACCUGAGAAUGUGCAAUUGAAAAGAAAAGAAAAGGACAAAAGCUAGAAUGACGUAAGAAAAAAAUGCAGCAAAAUAAAAAAAAUUGUGGAAAGGAGCUCAAAUUAUAGCCAAGUAAUAAUAAUGUAAAGACAUAUUCUGACUGUGUGUGUGUGUGUGUGUGUGUGUGUGUGUGUGUGUGUGUGUGUGUGUGUGACUGUGCUAAUGCUAUACUUGUGAUCAUUAUAAAACAGAAGUACAAACAGCAAUAAGAGAGCGGUGGUUGUUAGUUACUGGCGAUUAUUACGAACAAUAAACAUUCUAUUCAUUCAUUAGACUUUGAACCUUUUCGCAACAUUCUGACCUUUUUCCAACACUCUGAACUCCUCCCAACUCCUCAAAACCUUUUUUCCCGACACUGAGCCUCUCUCUAACCUCUCUAAACUUCUCCUCAAACUUCUAAAUCUCUCCCUAACAUUAUAAACCUCUCCCAACCUUUCAUAACCUAUACUACUAUACUAUAACUUCUGAGCCUUUUCCAUCAUCUAAACCUCUCACUAACCCUCUUGAGUUUGUUCAUUACCCUCUAAACUCUUCAUCACUCCUCUGAAACACAAUGGUUCACACAUUCUGCUGGUGCCAUUCAAGAGAGCUUUCUUUCAGUGUUCCCGGUGGUUGCUAGGAAAUCACCAGCGUCGCCAAGGUAGAUUAAAGAUGAAGGCUGAUUAGGAGGGAAAUAAAGAGGUGAAGUAAUCGUAUUUACAUAACAUAAAAGAGCUAGAGAUAAAAAGAGUGUUUGAAAUUAAAUUCUCCAAUGAAAGAUAUAAAUUGAUAGAAGACAUGGCGGUGAGCACAAAAGAAAGAGAGAACAUUUCAAGAUAGAAUUUACAGAGAAUAAGGAAGAGCUGAAAUUUAGUGAAGACAAAAGAAAACGGAAGAAAUAAGUAAAAGAAAAUGGAAUAUAUAGAAUCUAAAAAGAUCCAUUAAUUAAGAGCAAAAUUUGUGGAAAAAUAGCAAAAGAUAAAAAGUGAUUAGUGAUAAAGAUAAUUAACAAUAACACAAGAAAAAUAACUGAAAACCUGAGAAAAUAAAAGAAAAAAAACAUGAAAAACUUGUGACAGGAAAAGGAAGAAAAGCGAAUAUCAACAAACUGGGAGACUGAAAAGUUAAAGUAAUUCAUGAGUUGAAAAAAAAUAAUAAAUAAAUAACAAUAUGAAAAUUUAAUUGAUAAGAUCCAGUGACAAAUAUAAUGUAAAAUAAAUCAAUACAACAACAAAAGCAAACUUAAACAAACCAAACCAAAUUAAAGAUAAACAGAAACUUAAAAGAGGAACAAAGAACAAGGAAGCAAAGGAACGGAAGUAAAAACACAGAGAAGAGGAAGAAAUACACUGAAGAAAUAGCGAACAUACAAACAAAAAACAAGGAAGACGGAGGGGAAAGGAGAGGAGGGCAGGGAAGGAAAGGAAGGACUAUCACAUUAGAUAACAUGAAGAGAUAACAAAACACAGAAUGCAUUAAUGAAAAUAAAAAAAAAGUAAAAGAAAAUUAUAAUCAACCGUAAGAAGAUUGAAACAACAAUAAACACUCCACAAACAAUAACACAAGCAUUAAGAAAACAAUUAAAUUAAACAAACAAGUUAAAAAGGACAAGGAAAGAGAGAGAAAAAAGAAGAAAAAAAUAUAUAUAAUCAACGGGGCAACCAGAGGAAGGAAGGAAGGAAGGAAGAGAUCAAGAUGUACAGCAUGGAAGGCUUCGACAUGGAGGCUCUCAACAGACAAUUUUUCGAGUCAGCAGCCUUCAGUGAGUUCCAGGCGGGCGUGGUGUUUGAGCCCGGCAGCGGAGGCUCGUCCCCAGCACACCUCGAUCAGGAGAACACGUACUUGAUGUUCGAGCCAGACAGCGGAGGGUCAUCACCGUCACACAACGACCAAGAGAACACGGUGCUGCGGAGAAAGAAGAAGCGGCGGUGUCUGAUGGCGCAGAUUCAGCAGCGACAGGCAGCCAAUAUGAGGGAAAGAAAACGGAUGCAGAGUAUCAAUGACGCCUUCGAAGGCCUGCGAGCGCACAUCCCCACGCUACCUUACGAAAAGAGACUCUCGAAGGUAGACACGCUGCGGCUGGCCAUCGGAUACAUCAGCUUCCUGGCAGAACUCGUGGCUAGUGACCGAGCGCCCGACCCCCAUCUGCAUCCGCCCAACCACAAUGACGCCAACAGGAAGGUGAUCGUCAGGAGCAGCCGAAUGAGCGUGGACAGCGUGCCCCACUCCCUCACCUGGUCACACACGCGCCCCCUGGUGGUCAACGGAAAGGUCACGGCCAAAACCUGGACGCCGGAGCAACAAAAACGUCCAUGAACACCAUCAUUAUAUCACCAUCACCACCACCACCACCACCACCUACACAAUCACCGCCACUGCCGCCGCCGCCGCCGCCACCGCCAGUCAUGAACAGCUUUGAGUAAUGAAGAAAAAGACAAGAACGAGGAAGACAAGAACAAGGGAGACAAGCACGAGGACAAGGAGGUCAAAGGCAAGAACGAAGACGAGAGGGACAAUGGGAAGACAAAGAGAACGAAAAUAUCACUGAAAAAUCACCGAAGAAAAAUAAAUAUAUAGUUCAAAAUGAGACAAAAUUAAAUAAUUGAAUUAUAUAUAUAUAUAUAUAUAU